UAGAGUCUUUCCUCAGAGGCUGCCAGUGGGGACAUUUCCCCAUGCUCCACAGCAUGGGUGUCGGCCGGAGAAAGUUGGUCCCAUUCUGGGUCCUAGCCCUGGCCCUGGCCUGCAGCCAAUGCACAGGCCAGGCUCAACAGGACUCUCUGAAAUCGUACCAUGAACACCGCUCUGAUGUUCCUCACCCUCAAGGGCAUGUUGGUACCCCACUCAAUAGGGUGACCAUCAUCCCACCUCUGAAGACCAUCCCUGUGGUACGAGCCUUCAACCCAGGACAUACCAGGCGGGUGUGCAGCACAUGGGGCAACUUCCACUACAAGACCUUUGAUGGACAGGUCUUCUACUUCCCUGGUCUCUGCAACUAUGUGUUCUCUGCACACUGUGGGGAUGCCUAUGAGGACUUCAAUAUCCAGCUACGCCGUGUCCAGGAGUCUAAUACCACCACUCUGAGUAGGGUCACCAUGAAGCUUGAUGGCCUAGUUGUUGAGCUGACCAAGAGCUCCGUCUUAGUCAAUAACCACCCGGUCCAGCUGCCCUUUAGCCAGUCUGGGGUCCUCAUUGAGCUCAGCAAUGGCUACCUGAAGGUGGUGGCUAGGCUGGGGCUGCUCUUCGUGUGGAACGAGGAUGACAGUCUUCUGCUGGAGUUGGACACCAAAUAUACCAACAAGACUUGUGGUCUCUGUGGAGACUUCAACGGCAGUCCAAAAUCCAACGAGUUCCUCUCCAACAAUGUUAGGCUGACACCCCUUGAGUUUGGGAACCUUCAGAAGAUGGACGGCCCCACAGAGCAGUGCCAAGACCCCCUCCCUGUGCCCCAGAAGAACUGCUCCGCCAGAUCUGGUAUCUGUGAAAUGAUCCUAAAAGGUGAGCUGUUCUCAGGCUGUGCGGCCCUGGUGGACAUCAGCAGCUACGUGGAGGCUUGCCGGCAGGACGUCUGUCUCUGUGAGAGCUUGGACCCGUCUGACUGCAUCUGCCAUACCCUCGCUGAGUACUCCCGGCAGUGUGCACAUGCUGGAGGGCAGCCCCAGGACUGGCGGGGCCCCAACCUCUGCUCCCAGACAUGUCCCCUCAACAUGCAGCACCAGGAAUGUGGCUCACCCUGUGUGGACACCUGCUCCAACCCCCAGCAUUCCCAGGUCUGUGAGGACCACUGUAUUGCUGGCUGCUUCUGUCCUGAGGGUAUGGUGCUUGAUGACAUUAAUCAGAUGGGCUGUGUUCCUGUGUCCCAGUGUGCCUGCCUGUACAAUGGGACACUUUAUGCACCGGGUACCAAUUACUCUACUGACUGCACCAAGUGCACAUGUUCUGGAGGGCAGUGGAGCUGCCAGGACAUCCCCUGCGCUGGCACCUGCUCAGUAAUGGGAGGCUCCCACAUGUCCACAUUUGAUGGAAGGCAGUACACAGUACAUGGGGACUGCACCUAUGUGCUGAGCAAGCCUUGUGACAGUAAUGCCUUCACUGUGCUGGUUGAGCUGCGAAAGUGUGGACUGACGGAAAGUGAGACUUGUCUGAAGACUGUGACAUUGAACCUGGGUGGGGGGCAGACGGAGAUCAUGGUGAAAGCUACUGGAGAGGUCUUUGUGAACCAGAUCUACACCCAGUUGCCAGUGUCUACAGCCAAUGCUACCUUCUUCCGGCCUUCAACCUUCUUCAUCGUUGGUGAGACCAACCUGGGUUUGCAGCUUGAGAUCCAGCUGAGUCCAAUUAUGCAAACAUCUGUGCGUCUGAAACCUGGGCUCAGGGGGCUAACCUGUGGGCUCUGUGGUAACUUCAACAGUAUGCAGGCUGAUGACUUCCAGACUAUCAGUGGGGUUGUGGAGGGCACAGCAGCUGCUUUCUUCAACACCUUCAAGACUCAGGCGGCUUGUCCCAAUGUCAAGAAUAUCUUUCAGGACCCCUGCUCGCUCAGCGUGGAGAAUGAAAAGUAUGCUCAGCACUGGUGUUCUCUGCUGACUAACGCCAGUGGUCCAUUUUCCCAGUGCCACGCCACCGUGAACCCCAGCACCUUCUUCUCGAACUGCAUGUAUGACACGUGCAACUGUGAGAAGAGCGAGGACUGCAUGUGUGCAGCCCUGUCCUCCUAUGUGCGUGCUUGUGCUGCCAAAGGCGUGCUGCUCAGUGACUGGAGGGAUGGCAUCUGCACAAAGCCUACAAUUACCUGUCCCAAGUCAAUGACCUAUCAAUACCAUAUCAGCACCUGCCAGCCCACCUGCCGUGCUCUGAAUGAGAAAGAUGUCACCUGCCAUGUCAGCUUCAUCCCUGUAGAUGGCUGCACCUGCCCCAAAGGCACCUUCUUAGAUGAUUUGGGCAAAUGUGUACAGGCUACCAGCUGUCCUUGCUACUACAAGGGAUCCACAGUUCCCAAUGGCGAGUCUGUGCAGGACAGUGGGGCCAUUUGCACCUGCACCCAAGGAGCACUAACUUGUAUUGGAGGUCCUGCCCCGACUCCAGUGUGUGAUGCACCCAUGAUCUAUUUUGACUGUCACAAUGCCACACCUGGUGACACUGGAGCUGGAUGUCAGAAGAGCUGUCACACCCUAGACAUGACCUGUUAUAGCUCCGAGUGCGUGCCUGGCUGUGUGUGCCCCAAUGGGCUGGUGGCAGAUGGAAAUGGAGGCUGUGUUGUUACUGAGGACUGUCCUUGUGUGCACAAUGAGGCCACCUAUAGGCCUGGGGAGACCAUCCAAGUGGGAUGCAACAACUGCACCUGUGAGAACAGGAUGUGGCAAUGCACAGACAAGCCUUGCCUGGCCACCUGUGCUGUGUAUGGAGAUGGCCACUACAUCACUUUUGAUGGGCAGCGCUACAGUUUCAAUGGGGACUGCGAGUACACACUGCUACAGGACAACUGUGGUGGGAAUGGCAGCUCCCAGGAUGCCUUUCGUGUUAUCACUGAGAACAUCCCCUGUGGUACUACAGGAACCACCUGCUCCAAGAGCAUCAAGAUCUUCCUGGGGAACUAUGAGCUGAAGUUGAGUGACAGCAAGAUGGAGGUGGUCCAGAAGGAUGUGGGGCAGGAGCCCCCUUACUUUGUCCACCAGAUGGGCAACUACCUGGUGGUGGAAACUGACAUUGGCCUGGUGCUUUUGUGGGACAAGAAGACUAGCAUCUUUCUCAGACUCAGCCCUGAGUUCAAGGGCAGGGUCUGUGGCCUGUGUGGGAACUUUGAUGACAAUGCCAUCAAUGACUUCACCACACGCAGCCAGUCCGUGGUCAGUGACAUGUUGGAGUUUGGAAAUAGCUGGAAGUUGUCUCCAUCCUGCCCGGAUGUCCUGGUGCCCAAGGACCCCUGCACUGCCAACCCUUACCGCAAGUCCUGGGCCCAAAAGCAAUGCAGCAUCAUCAACAGCGAAACUUUCUCCGCCUGCCAUGCUCAUGUGGAGCCGGCCAAGUACUAUGAAGCUUGUGUGAAUGACGCCUGUGCCUGUGACUCAGGGGGUGACUGCGAGUGUUUCUGCACCACUGUGGCCGCCUAUGCCCAGGCCUGCCAUGAAGUGGGAGUGUGUGUGUCCUGGAGGACACCAGACAUCUGCCCACUGUUCUGUGACUACUACAACCCAGAGGGUCAGUGUGAGUGGCACUACCAGCCGUGUGGGGCCCCCUGCAUGCGUACCUGCCAGAACCCUACUGGACAGUGCCUACAAGAUCUCCGUGGUCUGGAAGGAUGCUAUCCCAAGUGCCCACCAACAGCCCCCAUCUUUGAUGAGGGCACAAUGCAGUGUGUAUCCAACUGUACAGUCACCUUCCCCUGCCGCGUCAAUGGAAAGUUGUACCGGCCAGGUGCAUCAGUACCUUCAGACAAAAACUGCGAUUCCUGCAUCUGCACGGAGAGUGGUGUGCGCUGUACCCACAAUGCUGGUGCCUGUGUCUGUACCUACAACGGGCAACAGUUCCAUCCUGGGGAGAUCAUCUACCACACAACAGAUGGCAUAGGAGGCUGCAUCUCUGCACACUGCAGGGCCAAUGGUACCAUCGAGAGGAGCGUUGACACCUGCAACUCCACCACCCCUACACCCCCCACCACUUUCUCCUUCUCCACACCGCCCGUCAUGACCUCAAUGCAACCCUCCAGCACACAUUCCAGCCCUACCCCGAGUGUAGGGUCCUCAGGGGCCUCAAGCAAGGCUGCAUCGACAACCAGCAGCAUAUUGUCUGUGAAGAGCCCUGUUACAGCUCCUAUGACCAUGUCUACUUCAGCCUCCGCCGUAACCACAUCAGGUUGCCGGGAGGAGUGCCUCUGGUCUCCCUGGAUGGAUGUUAGCCGUCCUGGACGUGGCAUUGACAGUGGUGACUUUGACACUCUGGAGAACCUCCGUGCCCAUGGCUACCCAAUCUGCCAAGUGCCAAAAGCAGUAGAGUGCCGUGCUGAGGCUAGCCCCGGGGUGCCUCUUCCCGAGCUGCAGCAGCACCUGGAGUGUAGCACAACAGUGGGGCUGAUCUGUUACAACAGUGAUCAGCUGUCAGGGCUCUGUGACAACUACCAGAUCAAAGUCCAGUGCUGUACCCCCGUCAGCUGUCCAACCUCCCAGACGACCCAUGUGAUAUCAUCCUCCAGGACGACUAAUUUGGAUAACACAACCUCCUCAGUCCCUGUUACCUCAACUGAGCACCCAUACAGCAGUACAGUUACCUCAGGUUCUUCUACCCACACCCCAGGUCUGUCUCCCUCUUCCUCAGUGCCUUCUUCACCAACUCCAGCUUCAUCUACUCCUGCCCCAGUCAGUUCUACCACUGUUAAAACAACUCUGCCCAUCACUAGCCCAACACCAGAGCCAACUCCAGCCAUAUCGUCUGUGUCCAUCUCAACCUCAGGGUCCACCAUGCCUUCCUCUGAGACAACUCAUGAGUGCAAACAGGAGCUUUGCAAUUGGACCAAUUGGCUAGAUGGCAGUUACCCUGGGUCUGGCAGAAACAGUGGAGAUUUUGACACCUUUGUGAACCUGAGAUCCAAAGGAUACAAGUUCUGUGAGAAGCCACGAAAUGUUGAGUGCAGGGCUCAGUUCUUUCCCAACACACCACUGGAGGAGCUGGGGCAGAAUGUGACCUGCAGCCGAGAGGAGGGUUUGAUCUGUUUGAACAAGAACCAGCUGCCACCCAUGUGCUACAACUAUGAGAUCCGGAUUGAGUGCUGCACAGUGGUAAACAACUGUUCCACAGCUUCAGUUACCACACAUCCCACCUCACAUGGAGUCAGCACGAAAACAGAGACCAACUGGACCACCCAUGUGUAUUCCUCUCCCACAAAAGACACCAGUAGUCACUCAGCAACCAUAGACACAAAGACCUGGACCUCAGGUAUUUCACACACAACCACUCAACCAGUGACCACCCACUGCCAGCUACAGUGCAACUGGACCAAGUGGUUUGACACUGACUUCCCAGUGCCCGGGCCACAUGGAGGGGACCUGGAAACCUAUAGCAACAUUGAGAGGAGCGGAGAGAGACUCUGUCACCGAGAGGAGAUCACACAGUUGCAAUGCAGGGCUAAGAACUACCCUGAGAGAGAGAUGGAGGAUCUGGGUCAGGUGGUGAAGUGUGACCCCAGUGUGGGCCUGGUGUGCAACAACAGGGACCAGGGGGGCGACUCUGGGAUGUGCCUCAACUAUGAGGUGCGACUGCUGUGCUGCCACAUUCCUGAAGGCUGCUCCAUGACCACACAUGUCACUCUUCUCAGCAGCACAAGUGAGAUUGUCACCAGCUCAACACCUGGCACCACUUCCAUGCAUGUAGCAAGCAGUACUUCCAUGCCCCAAACCAGCUCACCCAAUACAGGAAAGACCAGCACCAUCUCUACAACCCAAACCAGCUCACCCAAUACAGGAAAGACCAGCACCACCUCUACAACCCAAACCAGCUCACCCAAUACAGGAAAGACCAGCACCAUCUCUACAACCCAAACCAGCUCACCCAAUACAGGAAAGACCAGCACCACCUCUACAACCCAAACCAGCUCACCCAAUACAGGAAAGACCAGCACCAUCUCUACAACCCAAACCAGCUCACCCAAUACAGGAAAGGCCAGCACCCCCUCAACACCCCAUACCAGCUCACCCAAUACAGGAAAGACCAGCACCAUCUCUACAACCCAAACCAGCUCACCCAAUACAGGAAAGACCAGCACCACCUCUACAACCCAAACCAGCUCACCCAAUACAGGAAAGACCAGCACCAUCUCUACAACCCAAACCAGCUCACCCAAUACAGGAAAGGCCAGCACCCCCUCAACACCCCAUACCAGCUCACCCAAUACAGGAAAGACCAGCACCAUCUCUACAACCCAAACCAGCUCACCCAAUACAGGAAAGGCCAGCACCCCCUCAACACCCCAAACCAGCUCACCCAAUACAGGAAAGACCAGCACCAUCUCUACAACCCAAACCAGCUCACCCAAUACAGGAAAGGGCAGCACCCCCUCAACACCCCAAACCAGCUCACCCAAUACAGGAAAGACCAGCACCAUCUCUACAACCCAAACCAGCUCACCCAAUACAGGAAAGACCAGCACCACCUCUACAACCCAAACCAGCUCACCCAAUACAGGAAAGACCAGCACCAUCUCUACAACCCAAACCAGCUCACCCAAUACAGGAAAGGCCAGCACCCCCUCAACACCCCAUACCAGCUCACCCAAUACAGGAAAGACCAGCACCAUCUCUACAACCCAAACCAGCUCACCCAAUACAGGAAAGGCCAGCACCCCAUCAACACCCCAAACCAGCUCACCCAAUACAGGAAAGACCAGCACCAUCUCUACAACCCAAACCAGCUCACCCAAUACAGGAAAGGGCAGCACCCCCUCAACACCCCAAACCAGCUCACCCAAUACAGGAAAGACCAGCACCACCUCUACAACCCAAACCAGCUCACCCAAUACAGGAAAGGCCAGCACCAUCUCUACAACCCAAACUAUCUCAACCUCAGGGUCCACCAUGCCUUCCUCUGAAACAACUCAUGAGUGCAAACAGGAGCUUUGCAAUUGGACCAAUUGGCUAGAUGGCAGUUACCCUGGGUCUGGCAGAAACAGUGGAGAUUUUGACACCUUUGUGAACCUGAGAUCCAAAGGAUACAAGUUCUGUGAGAAGCCACGAAAUGUUGAGUGCAGGGCUCAGUUCUUUCCCAACACACCACUGGAGGAGCUGGGGCAGAAUGUGACCUGCAGCCGAGAGGAGGGUUUGAUCUGUUUGAACAAGAACCAGCUGCCACCCAUGUGCUACAACUAUGAGAUCCGGAUUGAGUGCUGCACAGUGGUAAACAACUGUUCCACAGCUUCAGUUACCACACAUCCCACCUCACAUGGAGUCAGCACGAAAACAGAGACCAACUGGACCACCCAUGUGUAUUCCUCUCCCACAAAAGACACCAGUAGUCACUCAGCAACCAUAGACACAAAGACCUGGACCUCAGGUAUUUCACACACAACCACUCAACCAGUGACCACCCACUGCCAGCUACAGUGCAACUGGACCAAGUGGUUUGACACUGACUUCCCAGUGCCCGGGCCACAUGGAGGGGACCUGGAAACCUAUAGCAACAUUGAGAGGAGCGGAGAGAGACUCUGUCACCGAGAGGAGAUCACACAGUUGCAAUGCAGGGCUAAGAACUACCCUGAGAGAGAGAUGGAGGAUCUGGGUCAGGUGGUGAAGUGUGACCCCAGUGUGGGCCUGGUGUGCAACAACAGGGACCAGGGGGGCGACUCUGGGAUGUGCCUCAACUAUGAGGUGCGACUGCUGUGCUGUCACAUUCCUGAAGACUGCCCCAGGACUGAUCAGACUUCUCCUGUGACAUUAUCCCAUAAGCCCUCAUCUGCAGUUGUGUCACCAUCAUCUGUGUCCCCGUCCUUGUCGACCAGCCAUAGGGUUCACUCUACCACUCCCUGCUUCUGCAGCGUGUCAGGCCAGCUAUACCCCUUGGGAUCCAUCAUCUACAACCAGACAGACCUUGAUGGCCACUGUUACUAUGCGAUGUGUAGCCAGGAUUGUCAGGUGGUCAAGAGGGUUAGUCAAGACUGCCCCUCCACCAUGCCACCCCCUGCGACAACUCUAUCUACAUCUACCACGCCACCUGUCACUGGGCGGGAUCGGUGCAAUGUGUUUCCUCCAAGACUGAGAGGAGAGACCUGGCCAAUGCCGAAUUGUUCCCAAGCCACCUGUGAGGGCAACAAUGUCAUCUCCUUGAGCCCACGCCAGUGCCCAGAGCUGAAUGAACCAUCUUGUGCCAAUGGUUACCCACCUCUGAAGGUGGAUGACCAGGAUGGUUGCUGCCAGCACUACCAGUGCCAAUGUGUUUGCAGCGGGUGGGGUGAUCCCCACUACAUCACAUUUGAUGGCACCUACUACACUUUCCUGGAUAACUGCACAUACGUGCUGGUGCAGCAGAUCGUGCCCGUGUUUGGAUACUUCCGUGUGCUCAUUGACAACUACUACUGUGACGUGGGAGACAGCGUCUCCUGCCCACAGUCCAUCAUUGUGGAGUACCACCAGGACCGUGUGGUGCUGACCCGCAGGCCAGUUAGCGGGGUCAUGACCAACCAGAUCAUCUUCAACAACAAAGUAGUCAGUCCUGGCUUCCAGCAGAAUGGCAUUGUCACCUCCCGUGUGGGUAUCAAGAUGUAUGUUACCAUCCAAGAGAUUGGUGUCCGGGUCAUGUUUUCAGGUCUCAUCUUCUCCGUCGAGGUGCCUUUCAACUUGUUUGCCAACAACACAGAGGGCCAGUGCGGCACUUGCACCAAUGACAAAAAGGAUGAGUGCCGCCUGCCUGGGGGUUCCAUAGCCUCCUCUUGUUCUGAGAUGUCCCUCCACUGGAAGGUGCCCAACCAGCCUUCCUGCCAAGGGCCUCCACCAACUCCAACUUCAGUGGUACCCAGGCCUUCACCUACUCCGUGCCCACCAUCGCCACUCUGUGAGCUCAUCCUAAGCAAUACCUUCAAGCUCUGCCAUGACGUCAUCCCCCCGCUGCAGUUCUAUCAAGGCUGCUUAUUUGACUACUGCCACAUGCUGGACCUGGAGGUUGUAUGCUCAGGCCUAGAGCUCUAUGCAUCACUCUGUGCAGCCCAAGGCGUGUGCAUUCCCUGGAGAAGCCAAACCAACAACACCUGCUCAUUCACGUGCCCUGAUAACCAAGUAUACCAGCCUUGUGGCCCAUCCAACCCUCACUACUGCUACAGGGAUGAUAGCAUCAGCCCAAGCCUGACCCUUCAAGAGGCUGGUCCCAAGACAGAGGGCUGCUUCUGUCCAGACAGCACGACACUUUUCAGUACCAAUGACUCAAUCUGCGUGCCUUCCUGCCAAUGGUGUCUGGGGCCUCGUGGGGAGCCUGUGGAGCCGGGUCACACCAUUAGCAUCGACUGCCAGGACUGCAUCUGUAAGGAAGCCACGCUAACCUGCCAAAAGAAGGCCUGUCCUCAGCCCACCUGUCCAGAGCCUGGCUUUGUGCCAGUGCCUGUAGCCCUGGAGGCUGGCCAAUGUUGUCCCCAGUUCAGCUGUGCCUGCAACUCCAGCCACUGCCCUCCGCCUCUGCACUGCCCGAAGAAUUCUAGCCUGAUAGUCACAUACGAGGAGGGAGCUUGCUGCCCGACCCAGAACUGCAGCAGUCAGAAGGGCUGUGAAGUCAACGGGACUCUCUACCAGCCUGGUGACGUGGUCUCCUCCAGCCUAUGUGAGAGAUGCCUGUGUGAGGUUUCCAGCAAUCCCCUUUCCGAUGUCUUUAUGGUCAGCUGUGAGACUGAGCUCUGUAACACCCAGUGUCCUAAGGGCUCUGAGUACCAGGCCAUGCCAGGGCAGUGCUGUGGCAAGUGUAUACCGAAGACCUGCCCUUUUAAAAACAACAGUGGUUCUACCUACUUCUACCAGCCUGGUGAGUUAUGGGCAGAACCUGGGAACCCGUGUGUGACUCAUAAGUGUGAGAAAUUCCAAGAUGUACUCAUGGUCGUGACAAUGAAGACAGAGUGUCCCAAGAUCAACUGUCCGCAGGGCCAGGCUCAGCUGAGAGAAGACGGAUGCUGCUAUGACUGUCCCUUACCUAACCAGCAGAAAUGUACGGUGCACCAAAGACAGCAGAUCAUCCGUCAGCAAAACUGCAGCUCUGAGGGCCCAGUGAGCAUCUCCUACUGCCAAGGCAACUGCGGGGACAGCAUCUCCAUGUACUCCCUGGAGGCCAACAAGGUAGAGCACACAUGUGAGUGUUGCCAGGAGCUGCAAACCUCUCAGAGGAAUGUGACUCUGCGCUGCGAUGAUGGCUCCAGUCAGACCUUCAGCUACACCCAGGUUGAGAAGUGUGGCUGCCUGGGCCAGCAGUGCCAUGCUUUAGGGGACACAAGCCAUGCAGAGUCCUCAGAACAAGAGUUCAAGUCCAAGGAAAGUGAGGAACAUGGCCAGCAGUUGGCAUUCAGGGUCAGCGAGGACAUGCUUGGGCCUUUCCAGUAAACUGAAUACUGCUGCUGUCCCAACCAAAAGGUCCUCCCGAGGCCAGAAAGUGGCUUGAAUUCUACCUACCUGCCGCUUCCUCUUCAAGAGGGACAUCGACCCCAGAUGGUCUUGGAGGUAGGAGAGGCCCCUCUCCACUGAUUAGGUGGAGACAUGGUGGUCUCGGGCUCCUUUUGAAAGAACUUCAUGAUCACCCAAGGGUCCCAUGAAUGACAGUCACUUGGAUGCAGGUAUCAUCUGCUUGGCCUCACUUUCACCUCAGACCUGCACCUAUGACCCCCCCCCCAAUCCAAGGAAAUGACCAAUAUGUUUUAUAAAUAUACUCGAGAGC